ACCAGUGCAUGCAUGCUCAGAACAAUGAUCUCAAAUAUGCUUCUGCCUUUUUUGUUUCUUUUCCUCUGGACUCUCCUUUACAUUCUUCCCAAAAAGAAAUCAAAAUUCAAUCCACCAGGCCCUCCUGGCCUGCCAUUCAUCGGCAACUUGCAUCAGCUCGAUCAAUCCAGCCUCCAUACUUCCUUAUGGAAUCUCACAAAACCAUACGGUCCGAUCGUAUCCCUUCGCUUCGGCUUCAACUCGGCUGUUGUUAUAUCAUCAGCGAGUUUAGCUAAAGACGUCUUGAAAACCCAAGAUCUUAGCUUCUGCGAUAGGCCAUCAUUUAUUGGCCAACAGAAGUUAACUUAUGAUGGACUUGAUAUGGCUUUUUCUCCCUACAAUGAGCACUGGAGAAAGAUGAGAAAGAUAUUUUCCCUUCAUUUGUUCAGUCCCAAAAGGGUUCACUCUUUUAGGCAUAUACGAGAAGAUGAGGUCUCAACCGCCAUGAAGACGAUACAUGAUCUGGCUCUUUCGGGUGAAACGGUAAACCUGAGUGAAAUGAUGAAGAAUAUGACAACUAUUAUAAUGAUGAAAAUGUGUUUCGGCAAGAAGUACCAUUGCCGAGAUGGGCUUGAAAUAAAGAAGGUUCUUGGACUACUUAAUGAAGUUCAGGCGUAUUUGGUGGAUCUUUAUUUCUCAGAUAUAUGGCCUGGUUUGCCGUUUGUCGGGUUGGUUGAUCGGUUGACGGGCAAGAUGAAUCAGCAAGACAAAUGCUUCCGAUCUCUUGAUUCCUUUUACCAACAACUCAUUAAUGAACGACUCAACCCUCAAGAAGAUAAGUCUUAUGAGGAAGAGGAAGAUGAUCUUAUUGAUAUUCUACUACAACUUGAGAAAGACAAACUGUUCAGCCUCACUCACAACCACAUAAAAGUCAUGCUCAUGGAUGUAUUGGUAGCUGGGACAGAUACUAGUGCAGCAAUCGUGGUUUGGGCGAUGACGUUAUUAAUAAGGAACCCUAUAGUAAUGCAAAAAGCACAAGAAGAAGUGAGAAAUGUGAUGGGAAAGAACGGUAAAGUAAGCGAGGAUGAUCUUCCCAAACUCGCUUAUUUGAAGGCAAUAAUAAAAGAGACCAUGAGACUAUACCCUCCAGCUCCUCUUCUAGUGCCUCGAGAAACAAGGAAAGAUGCCACUGUGCAUGGGUACCAAAUCAAACAGAAAACCCUAGUUUACGUUAAUGCAUGGGCUAUCGGAAGGGACCCUAAAUCCUGGAACAACCCGGGAGAGUUCUUUCCGGAGCGGUUCAUGGGUAAAUGUGAUAUUGACUUCAAAGGGAAUGAUUUUGAGUUGGUUCCUUUUGGGGCUGGCCGAAGAAUUUGUCCUGGAAUGUCAAUUGGAGUUGUCACGGUGGAACUUUUACUUGCUAAUCUUCUUUACCUGUUUGAUUGGGGGUUGCCCGAUGGCAUAAGGAAAGAAGAUAUAGACUUCGACGUUAUGCCUGGGAUAACAAUGCACAAGAGAAAUGAACUUUGUGUUUUAGCUCAUGUAAACUUCUAAAUUUAUUAAUUAUUU